CCGUGGGGUCUCCGGCCAGCCAAACACAAGCUGGUUUGUUUGUCUGUCCCACUUUCGGCUGCUCACUACUUCAAAGUCCAGUGACUGUAGCCUCAGUGGUAGUAAAGCCGAGUGGUUUUACCUUGCUCAGUGCAAGAGUAUCAAGUUGGGCAACUUUAUUCUGUGGCAGAAGCUAGCAAAAACGAAACAGGAGGUGGGGAAGGAAUUCAGGUCUUAAAAAAUGAGCCUUAUGAACAGGAUGGCGAGAAGGGACAAUACACUCACAAAAUCUAUCAUUUAAAGAGUAAAGUCCCUGGGUUUGUAAGGAUGAUUGCUCCAGAAGGCUCCCUGGUGUUCCACGAGAAGGCCUGGAAUGCAUAUCCCUACUGUAGAACAAUUGUGACAAAUGAAUACAUGAAAGAUGACUUCUUCAUAAAAAUUGAGACCUGGCAUAAACCAGAUUUGGGAACAACAGAGAACGUUCACAAUUUAGAUCCAAACACAUGGAAGAGUGUUGAGGUUGUCCAUAUUGACAUUGCAGAUAGAACUCAAGUAGAACCAGGAGACUACAAAGCUGAUGAAGAUCCUGCAUUAUUCCAGUCAGUUAAGACGAAGAGAGGACCUCUGGGGCCAAACUGGAAGAAGGAGUUAGCAACUGAUGAGGAGUGUCCCAAAAUGUGUGCUUACAAAUUGGUGACCAUCAAAUUUAAGUGGUGGGGAUUGCAGAACAAAGUUGAAAACUUUAUACAAAAGCAAGAAAAAAGGAUAUUUACCAACUUCCACCGCCAGCUGUUCUGUUGGAUUGACAGAUGGAUUGAACUGACUAUGGAGGACAUCAGGAGAAUGGAGGAUGAAACCCAGAAGGAGCUGGAAGCGCUGCGUAACCAAGGCCAAGUGAGAGGAACGAGUGCUGCCAAUGACGAGUGAGGCCGGACGGACGCCGGUGCCGGAUCUUGGCUGUGUGUGUGGGUGCAUGACUCUGUAUAUAACUACACACACACAUGCAGACAGAAGGGGUGGUUACAGUGUCUCCGGGUGCUAUACCUGUCCUAGCAAAGAUCCCAAGGAAACUGCUUUCAUUAUGUAUACCCCAAGCAAAUAAAAAAUCAACUGAGUAGUGUCAUUUAAAGGAUGAAUUUUGCUAACUGGUAUGUUCAUGAAUGUCAAUACUGGACCAAUUUUUGCCCUACUUGUUUCCUCUCCUGUCCAAGUCACUCUGCUCUAACUUGCCCAUCUCUCAUUGUAAAGGAACACUCAAACAAGUUAAUUUCAGUUUUAUGUCUUCCCUAUGUGAUGAGUUUUUGGAAUAGGAACAAUGAAUGUAUUUAUAGCUAUUUAUUUCUGGAUUGUCAUUAUCCUCUAGUCAAAUCAGAAAAAAAAAAUUUCUAUUAGUGGAAAUUGGAAGACUUUUACUGUUGAAUAAGUUUAACCCAAACUUUACCCACUCACUGAUUUAAAAGAAAAAAAUCAUGUUUUAUUGGACUUUUGUACAUUGAAAUGCUAACAGUUUUCUUCAUUAAAAUUGGCAAGAUUAAGGAAAAA